CAGGCUGCCCAGGUUCUGACGGAUUUAGUGCUACCUCUCGAGUGCUGACUUUUAUCGGCCGAGAUCGAAUUAUGCUUCAAUCGCAUCGUACGCGCCAUUGCUCUUUUGUGCUCUCAUUAUUCGUCACUGUAGUAUUGGAAAUGGGAAACCAGGUUCCGAUAAGCAUUGACGCUGUGCACUGAUCCGAUCAAAUCUGCAAUUUGAACGAAUGCUACGCUCGCAAGGCUGUUGUCCCUUGACCUUGAUAUAAGCCCGUUGGUUCCUCUCUCUCCAUCUGUCACUGCAAGCAUUGUGAGAGGGUCCAGGUAAGGGUAUCUUUCCUCGAAUCACUGCAUAAGAGUUUUGUCUGUUCCCGGACCCUACACCUUCGCAUCAAUCUCUUGGAACGUUUUGCUUUCGUCAUCAUCUUCCGAGCCCUUGUUCCGACAACCAUGGCGACCACUACAGCAACAACCUCUGGCAAAUCCCGCCCUGCCAUCGUCCUCGGAUGUGCAAACUUUGGCUCGGCCACUGAUCCAACAACCAAGCACCACACCACCGAACAAGCGUCCGAACUCUUCGCGACGUUGGUCCGCCACAAGCACAACGUCGUCGACACAUCGCGCCGUUACCCACCGCUAGCAGGCGGUACGAGCGAAGAACUCAUCGGGUCGACACUACGAUCCGCCGCCGCCUUUCCAGACAUCAAAAUCGACACCAAAGUCCUCUCGGCACCGGGAUGCCACAAGCAAGAGAACAUUGCCAGGUCCAUUUCCGACUCGUUCCAUGCUCUGGGUGUCGACUCGGUGCGAACCAUCUACCUGCACUACCCAGACCGGUCUGUCCCACUUGUCGAACCCAUCAAGGCUUUAUCACACGCCGUGGACAUCGGACGGGCCGAGCAAUGGGGGUUAUCCAACUACACGAUCGACGACGUGCGCGAGAUCUUGCGCCUCUGCGACCAGCACGGCGGCUUGGUCAAACCUGCGAUUUUCCAGGGCGAGUACAACGCGCUCAACCGUCACAGUGAAGAGCUCAUCCAGUUCCUGCACGAGAACGGAAUCGCCUUCUACGCCUACAGCCCCGCCGCGGGAGGGGCGUUGGCGCCCACGGGCUCCCGGAUCGCCGCUCACGGUCCGGCGGGCGACCGCGUGAGGAAGCUCUACGGCACCGAGCAGGUUCAACAAUCGAUCGAACACGUGAGGGACGCGGCGGAGAAGAAUGGGCUCGGGGGCCACGAGACCGCCAUAAGGUGGGUGGUGUGGAACAGCAUGCUGGACGGGAGGUAUGGUGACGCGGUGAUCGUCGGAGCCAGUAGUGCGAAGCAGCUGGACGACACGCUGCACGCGAUCAACAAAGGCCCACUGCCCGACGAAGUGAACCAAGCCAUCGAAGGUAUCUGGACAUCCGCCUUGAAGGACAAAGCGUGAGAUUGAAAGGGUUGAUGGUCACUAAUCAAAGCCAGAUUGAUAUCGAGACGGAAGUUCACCAUCAAAAGUGCAGUAUAGCUUUCUGCGAAUUUUCAAGGGGAGGACGAUCGACUGUCCGAAACAAUGCAAGUGUGCUGAACAUUAUGGUAUGCAAUAGAAAUCAAUUAUCAUCUAUGUAUCAAUGCAUAUAUACCCUGCUACAGGCUUGGCCCUGUGGCCAUCACGAUUGCAGUUGUUUAAUC